UAUCCGGCACGUAUGUCACCACGUGCAGUCGUCAAUAAUUUUUUUGAGUUGUAUUUCUUGUUUAUAAAUUUUAAAACUCUAUUCUUUAAACAUUUUUUCUUAAAUUAAGUCCAUUUAUAAAAAUAAUAAAUAUGAAAGAAACAAAUCAUGAAGAAGACGGAAUCACUCAAAUUCACAAUGCCAGUUUCUAUAAUCUAACACCACGUUUUAUAACGUGUAUGGCUUGUAAUAAAAUCAACAAAAAACUUGCUGUUUCAAGAAACGAUGGAACAAUUGAUAUAUGGGAUAUGCAAUAUGCAUCAUUUCAUGAAAAAACUAUUGUCACAGGAGAAUCUUCGAUCGAGGGAAUGGCUUGGGCUGGCAAUCGACUCUUUACCGUCGGUUUAACUGGCCAUCUUUUGGAAUGGGAUUUAACAACACUGACAAAGCAUCAAUCACAAACUGCCACUGGCAAUUCUAUUUGGUGUCUUGAUGUCAACACCGAAGGCACUUUAGUUGCCCUCGGUACCGAGGAAGGUUACAUAAACAUAUUCGACAUUAGCGACGAACAAAUGGCUUAUAGUAAGCUAUUCGAUAAGCAACAAGGUCGUAUUCUCUGUUGCAAGUUCGAUUCCACGGCUGAACAUCUUGUAACAGGUGGAAUUGAUGCUAUUCGCAUUUGGGAUGUAAAAACUGGACAUGCCAUUCACAGAAUGUCCUAUGCUCGACAAAAGAGGGCACAAGAAGUCAUUGUGUGGUCGCUGCAGGUUCUUAAAGAUAUGACAAUCAUAACAGGGGAUUCCCGGGGUAUUGUCACAGUUUGGGAUGGCAAAAAUGCAGCUCAUCUUGAAGAACAUCAUGUUCUUAAAGCAGAUGUCCUUGCAGUGGCUGUUAACGAAGAAGAAAACAAGUUUAUUUGUUCUGGAAUCGAUCCGAAAAUUCGAAUCUAUGCUUUGACUGAAAUCAAAAAAGAGGACAUUACUAUGCAAAAUUGGAUUAAGUAUCGUCAAAAGCAAGUCCAUGAUCAUGAUGUAAAGGCUUUGAUUUGUAUGGGAGAUAAAAUAUUUUCCGGGGGCAUGGACGGUUAUUUGGGUAUUUCGUCAGUUGAUCGAACAACCAGUUCGGGUAUAGCGAAACAUGGGCCAUUUUUACAAGGUCCUGCUGUUUGUGUUUCUUCUGAGAAGAGACUACUCUUAUUGCGAUAUCCAAAUACUGUGGAAAUUUGGAAAUUAGGGAAAUCCACGGGCAUAGAGCAGAUAGAAGAUGAGGAGGAGGAAAUUAAAGAGGAAGUUAAAGAGGACGAUUAUCCUCCAGUUGAAGAAAAAGUCUUUCUGAAAUAUGAAAAAGGUCCACAGAAACUCCUCGAGAUGAGAAGUAAACAUGGCAAUCAAAUUACAUGCAGUUCACUCUCGCCAGAUGGAAACUGGUUGGUUUACUCGACCAUGACUGAAAUUCGAAUGUUUGCAUUCAUGGCUGGUGAAGAGAAUAAGAUGUCACAAGUUGUCCGUAUUAAGUGUCUGCCACAAGAGUUUACUGCGUGUAAAAAUAUUCUCUUCUCAGAUGACUCGAAAACUUUGUUCCUAGGGAAGAUAGAUAAUACAGUGGAGGUGUUUAGUAUACUUUCUAAUGGCGAGAUAGAUCAUUCUCAGACAAUUAAGACAUCUAAAUACAUUAAAGACACUAUUCACUUGGUAGCCGUGUCAAAUUGUGGGAAUUAUUUUGUGACAGCUGGAACCUGUCGAACCAUAGCUGUGUGGAUUAAAAAGGAUAAACACUUCAAACACCAUUUGAAUUUACCACGUUAUACUGCUCCCACAACAGCGAUAUCCAUUCAUCGGGAUUCACCUCGUCUUGUGGCUUCGUUUUCCGAUUCGAAAAUAUUUGAAUAUGACCUCGAAGAAAUGUGCUUUACAUGCACAGAAAAAGAUUGUUAUGUUAAGGAUUCGGAAACACAUUGUGUGAAUAGUAUUGUAUUGGAUCAUCGAAAUCCAAAUAUGUUUAUUCUACACAAUGAUACGAGUUUAUUUGUACUGGAGAAAUGUUUACCCGAUGCUGUUGGUGGGGGUGAUGACGGAGUUAAGAAGAAAAAGAAAUUAAUAGAAAGUAAAGUUGCCGGAUUGAAAUUGAAAUUUCAAAAAAAAUAUCAGCAUUUUAUUCACCUAGCAUGGUUAAGUAUAGACGAACUUGUAGCUGUUGGUGUGAAUCCAAUUUCAUUGAUUGAACAACUGCCAGGUGCUUUCGUACAAAAGAAAUUCGGAGCUGACUAAGAUUGACUUUUUAGUUUUAAUUAAAAUAAAUUUAAAAAUGAAAAAUAUACCUUAUUUUUACAAAAAGA